CAUGUGCCUCAAUUCGAAGAAAGUGAAGGCCUUCGCACGGGUCAAGCCCACGGCCGACUUUCCUCAAGAUGUCAUCAGAUUCGGAGCCGACAACAAGACGAUCGAGGUUCACAUCGAGCGGGAUCGCUCCAAAGGCAUCGUCAACAACAAGGUGACCGACUGGUCGUUUAAGCUGGACGGCGUCCUCUACAACACGUCGCAAGACCUGGUUUACGAUACGGUGGCCAAAGAGCUAGUCUCACAGGCCCUGAACGGCUAUAACGGGACCAUCAUGUGCUACGGGCAGACUGGAGCCGGCAAGACCUUCACCAUGACGGGGACCACCGGAAACUUCAAGCACAGGGGGAUCAUCCCUCGGGCUAUCCAGCAGGUGUUCAAGUCCAUGGAGAAGCAUAGCAAUCAGUUUAUCACCGUCCGGAUUUCUUACCUGGAGAUUCACAAUGAGGUCAUCUCGGACCUCCUCCCCUCCCUCAGCUCAGAGAGCGACCUCCCGUUGUCCAUAGUGGAGAGCCCCCACGGGGUCUCCGUCAAGGGCCUCUCCAUCCAUCCCGCUCCCAACGAAGAAAUUGCAUUAAAUCUCUUGUUCGAGGGCGACACCAACAGAUCUGUGGGUCAGCAUGCCCUGAACAAGCAUUCCUCCAGGUCUCACUGCAUCUUCACCAUCUACAUCGAGUGUCACUCGAGGAUCGUUUCUGACGCCAGAUACGUCACUUCCAAAAUUAAUCUGGUCGACCUCGCGGGCUCGGAGAGGCUGUCAAAAAGCAAAUCGGAAGGAUUUGGGCUGAAGGAAGCGACUUACAUCAACAAAUCGCUGUCCUUCCUGGAGCAGGUGGUCAUCGCCCUGUCGGACUGCAGCCGGGACCACGUCCCCUUUCGGCAGAGCAAGCUGACGUACACCUUGAAGGAUUCCUUGGGUGGGAAUUGCAACACUGUCCUUGUGGCUAACAUCUGCAGUGAGUCCAUCCACAUCGUGGAAACGCUGUCCACGCUUCGUUUUGCCACCAGAAUGAAGUGGGUGACUACCCUGGCGAUUGUCAAUGAAAAAAUCAACUCGGAGAGGAUGGUGAAGAACCUGGAGAAAGAGGUCCUCUACCUGAAGGAAGAGUUGGCGAUGCACAACAGUUUGCUCAAUCGCUCUCCCGUGACCUACGAGCCUCUGAAUGAAAUCCAGAUCAACGAAAUCAACUCCCAGGUCCGCCGAUUCCUGGAGGGAACCAUUGAUGAGUUAGAUAUCACGAGCAUCCGUCAAAUCCAAGAGAUCUUUAACCAGUUCAAAAUCAUCUUAAGCCAACAGGACCAGGAGGUGGAAGCCCGACUGCGGAGCAAAUAUGCCCUUAUAGACAAGAGCGACUUUGCGAUGCUGUCGGCCAUCCAGAAGGCAGGGAUAGUGGACGCUGAUGGACACCUGGUUGGAGAAAUGGACGGACAAGGGUUUGGAAUUGGCUCGGCCCCUUUCUCCUCCAAGCCUGGCAAGAAGAUAAAAGCCAAAAAGGGGAAAGAUCAGAUCAGCCCCACCACUCGCAAGGAAGGCCUCAGCAGCCCCAUUUCUGGAAAAGACCUGGAAACCCUUUCGGGAUCUCGCAGCCAAGUGGCGGCUUCCGGCAAGGACCUGGAUGGGAAAGAAGGCCUGUUCCGUGACCAGGAGGCCUCCAGCCUUGACACACAUCGCUCCGACUCGGCCCCCAGGGACGACAGCAGCCUGAGACCCAGUUCCCCGCCAACCAGGACGUCGGCCUUCGAGGACUUCAAGGGGGAGCGAGGCAGUGAGAUCAACCGCAUCUUCAAGGAGAACAAAGCCAUCCUGAGCGAACGCAAGAGGAAACUCGGGGAGGUGACCCAGAGGAUCAACCUGGUCAAGCAGGAGAUGGACGUCACCCGCCAGGCCCUCGAGAUCCAGAAACUGGAGCGGGAGCAGCAGGGGGAGUACCUGAACGAUGAAGGGCAGGUCAUCAUCGACGAAGAAGAGUUCCUCCUCAUUAUGAAGCUGAAGGACCUCAGGAAGCAAUACCGGGAGGAUUUUGGGGAGCUGCGGGAUCUCCGCUCCGAGGUCCAGUACUGUCAGAGCCUGGUGGAUCAAUGCCGCAAUCGGCUGCUCACCGAAUUCGACAUCUGGUACAACGAAUCCUUCCUGAUCCCGGAAGAGGUGAAGGAAGCCCUUCGGCCAGGGGGAUCCAUCAGGCUCGGCAUGAUUCCCAUGAACAGAGUCCUCACUCUGGAUGAAGACGAGCAAGAGAGAUUCGACCGGAUGCAACAGGAGGUUCUGCCCUUUUGCCCGGCUUCCGUUUCCUUCUACAACGCCAAAGCAAAGGUGGACCGUAAGCACAAGUAUUCUCGAGCCAUGAGCGCCUUUGAGCAAAUGAGGAAGAAGCCGGGGUCCGUCCAAUCCGCGGUGAAGACUAAGCCUCCGUCUCUGCUGGACAUCAUGUAGCCGAGAGGGAGAAAACGAUGCCCGUCUCACUUACUUACUUUCUUACGAGUAAAACCAC